GGCUCAGCAGGGCACGGCUCGGAUCGGCUCGGCUCAGCUGGACGCUCUCGCUCGGCGCUGCCGGAGCCGCGCAUCCCGUGGGGAUCAGAGGGCCCGGCUGCCAUGGGGAGCUGCUGCGCGUGGGCACCGCCGCAGCUGCUGGUGCUGAGCGUGUGGCUGUGGGUGAGCAGCGCCGGCCCCACGCUCCCCCCCGGCCCCGCGCUGCGGGUGCGCCUGGCUGGGUACCCCCGCAAGCACAACGAGGGCCGCGUGGAGCUCUUCUACAACGACGAGUGGGGCACCGUGUGCGAUGAUGACUUCACGCUGGCCAACGCGCACGUGCUCUGCCGGCACCUCGGCUUCGUGGCUGCCACCGGCUGGGCCCACAGCGCCAAGUACGGCAAAGGAGUCGGGCGGAUCUGGCUGGACAAUGUGAAUUGUGCUGGAGGCGAGAAGAGCAUCGGGGACUGCAAGCACCGGGGCUGGGGCAACAGCGACUGCAGCCACGAGGAAGACGCGGGGGUCAUCUGCAAGGACGAGCGCAUCCCGGGCUUCAAGGACUCCAAUGUUAUCGAGGCGGAGCAGAGCCACGUGGAGGAGGUCCGGCUGCGGGCGGUGGUGGUGGGCGCCCGGCGGCAGCUCCCGGUGACAGAGGGCAUCGUGGAGGUGCGCUACAAGGACGGCUGGGCACAGAUCUGCGACGAGGGCUGGAGCAGCCCCAACAGCCGCGUGGUCUGCGGCAUGCUGGGCUUCCCUGCCGAGAAGAAGGUCAACAGGAACUUCUACAGGCGGGUGAAGCGCGCAGCUGUGACAAGGGGCCGGAGCCUGCGGCCGGGCAGGAGGCUGGCCUCCAAAUCUCAGCCUAAACAAAAGCGCAGGGAGGACGUAGGGUCCAAGAAGAGGCUGCUGGCAGAGCGGCAGCCCCUCAGGUACCGCCUGCACUCGGUGUCCUGCGCGGGGACCGAGGGGCACCUCUCCAUGUGCGCCUUCGAGUUCUACCGCGGCAACGCCUCGGCCGCCUGCGGCGCGGGCAGCCCCGCCGUGGUCAGCUGCGUGCCCGGGCCGCAGUUCGCCACCGGCAGCGCCCACAGGAGGAAGCAGCGGCAGCAGCAGCAGCAGCAGGGCCAGGUGAGCCCCCCACGGAUCCGGCUGAAGGGGGGGGCGAAGGUCGGGGAGGGCCGCGUCGAGGUGCUCAAGGGCAGUGAGUGGGGCACGAUCUGCGACGACCGCUGGAACCUGCUGUCCGCCAGCGUGGUGUGCCGCGAGCUGGGCUUCGGCAGCGCCAGGGAGGCCCUCACCGGGGCGCGCAUGGGCCAAGGGACGGGGCCCAUCCACAUGAACGAGGUGCAGUGCCUGGGCACCGAGCAGUCCCUCUGGAGCUGCCCCUUCAAGAACAUCACGCAGGAGGACUGCAAGCACACCGAGGAUGUGGCCGUCCGCUGCAACACCCCCUACAUGGGCUACGAGACCCUGAUUCGGCUGAGCGGGGGCCGAAGCCGCUUCGAGGGGCGGGUGGAGGUGGCUGUGGGGGCUGGUGCCGGGGAGCAGCCGCGCUGGGGGCUGGUGUGCAGCGAAGGCUGGGGUACGCUGGAGGCGAUGGUGGCCUGCCGCCAGCUGGGCCUGGGAUUCGCUAACCACGGCUUGCAAAUCCGCCUCUCCGGCGGCAGGACCCCGUUCGAGGGCCGCGUGGAGGUGAAGCGAGGCAGUAAGUGGGGCCUGGUGUGCAGCGAGGGCUGGACCACCAAGGAGGCCAUGGUGGCCUGUCGCCAGCUCGGCCUGGGCUAUUCCCUGCAUGCGGUGACGGAGACCUGGUACUGGGACGCCAGCAACGUGACGGAGAUGGUGCUGAGCGGGGUGAAGUGCACCGGGAACGAGAUGUCCCUGAGCCACUGCCAGCACCACGGCUCCAGCGUCAACUGCAGGAACACGGGCACGCGCUUCGCUGCCGGCGUCAUCUGCUCCGAGACCGCCUCGGACCUGCUGCUGCAUGCGCCGCUGGUGCAGGAGACGGCGUACAUCGAGGACCGGCCGCUGCACAUGCUCUACUGCGCGGCCGAGGAGAGCUGCCUCUCCAGCUCCGCGCGCCUCGCCAACUGGCCCUAUGGGCACCGCCGCCUGCUGCGCUUCUCCUCCCAGAUCCACAACCACGGCCGCGCCGACUUCCGCCCCAAGGCCGGGCGGCACUCCUGGGUCUGGCACGAGUGCCACCGGCACUACCACAGCAUGGACAUCUUCACCCACUACGACAUCCUCACCCCCAACGGCACCAAGGUGGCAGAGGGGCACAAAGCCAGCUUCUGCCUCGAGGACACCGAGUGCGAGGAAGACGUGGCCAAGCGCUAUGAGUGUGCCAACUUCGGGGAGCAGGGCAUCACGGUGGGCUGCUGGGACCUGUACCGGCACGACAUCGACUGCCAGUGGAUCGACAUCACUGAUGUCAGACCGGGCAACUACAUCCUGCAGGUCGUGAUCAACCCCAACUUCGAAGUGGCAGAGAGCGACUUCACCAACAAUGCCAUGAAAUGCAACUGCAAGUACGACGGGCACCGCAUCUGGGUGCACAGCUGCCACAUCGGUGACGCGCUCAGCGAGGAGGCCAACAAGCGCUUCGAGCAGUACCCGGGGCAGCUCAACAACCAGAUCUCGUAGGACGCAGUGCGGGAGACGCCGCGGGGAGCCGGGGCGGGGGCAUCUCCUGCCCUCACCCUGCACAGGGGGGAGAUGCUGCGGGGGCCUGAGCCCAGCACCGCAGCCACUGGGCUCCGCGAGGCUGCCGGGACCCGCAGGCACCCACCCGGCACCGCAGGCACCCCCCAACCACUGCCCAGAGACUGUGCCCACAUCCCCUGGGCCGCGGCGCAUGGGCACAGAGGUCCCGAACCCCACCGUGCCCCCCCCAGCUCCCGGUCACUGCAGCUGCACCUCCCUGCUCCCCAUCGGCCCCGGUUCCUCCCCCGGACCCAGCAGGGAUCUGCAGCCCUGCACGGCCACAGGAGCCCCUCCCGGUGUGGCUGCCCCUGCCCCACAGCCCCUUGCCAUGGUGUGGCUGC